AUGAAUAACUUCUGCUCUAUCAGAGUUAAUGGGAAUAACUUCUGCUAUUGAAACAGCCUGGCUAAAUGUUUGCCUCCUGCUCAUCAAACUGAAGCAUAUCUUGGUGCAGCAACUCAUGAAUAUCCAUGGUCUUACCCGAGAGUCUGUUCUGUGUACAUACUGUAAUUAUCAUCUAUAGAUUGUCCUGUUUAUAAUUCUGCUCACAACCUUUUGUAACAUUUGAUAAGAUUGACUGGUUUGGUAAUGUAGCUUUGUUCAGCAAGGUUGAAUGAGUGCUGUCCUAAUACGGUCCCCCUUCCUUUCCCUUCGGAUGACAAUGUUGUUCCCUGUUGUACCCCAAUGACUUCCCCCUUUCUUAAUUCAUCUUUCCUCGCUUCCUCUCUCCUUGGCUUCCCAAACUGCACUGGAGGAGAAGAUCCAAGGUCCCUCCCCAUCAGACUUUCUUCUCCAAUGUGUUUUGAGAAGUGACGGCAAGGAGAGAGGACGUGAGAAAUCAAGGAAAUACGACUUUGGAAAGACCCUAUGUUGUUUGGUUUCCUUAGAGUAUAAUCUGGAGCCGUGUGAGGACCCCGGGACCCCCAGGUUUGGCUGGCACACAGGCAUCAGCUUUGGCAUCGGAGACUCGCUGGUUUUUUCCUGCAAUACGGGCUAUCGCCUACAGGGGGCGGUGGAGAUCUGGUGCCUGGGAGGUGGUCGCCGCAUGUGGAGUGCCCCUCUGCCAAGGUGUGUGGGUACGUGGUCAGCUGCUUUCAUUUGCUUAUUGCUUCUGUGUGGACUGUGGAUAGGGCAAUGCAUAUACAAGUAUAUAUUUAUAGCAGAGGAGAAGGUUGACAACAGGAGGAAAUGGAUAGCUACUGUAUUCUGUAUAUGGCUUUGGGUAAUAUGGUCUCAGACAGUGUCCUCGAUAAUUUUUCUUGCUUCAAUCUGUAUCUCUAUAUCUUUAUCUCUAUAGUCUGUAUCUCUCUAGUCUGUAUCUCUCUAUCUCUAUCUCUCUAGUCUGUAUCUAUCUAGUCUGUAUCUCUCUAGUCUCUAUCUCUCUAGUCUGUAUCUCUCUAGGCUUUAUCUCUCUAUCUCUAUCUCUAUAGUCUGUAUCUCUCUAGUCUAUCUCUCUAUCUCUCUAGUCUGUAUCUCUCUAGUCUCUAUCUCUCUAGUCUCUAUCUCUCUAGUCUCCAUCUCUCUAGUCUGUACCUCUCUAGUCUGUACCUCUCUAGUCUGUACCUCUCUAGUCUCUAUCUCUCUAGUCUCUAUCUCUCUAGUCUCUAUCUCUCUAGUCUGUACCUCUCUAGUCUGUAUCUCUCUAGUCUGUAUCUCUCUAGUCUCUAUCUCUCUAGUCUCCAUCUCUCUAGUCUCUAUCUCUCUAGUCUGUACCUCUCUAGUCUGUAUCUUUCUAGUCUGUAUCUCUCUAGUCUCUAUCUCUCUAGUCUCCAUCUCUCUAGUCUGUACCUCUCUAGUCUGUACCUCUCUAGUCUUUAUCGCUCUAGUCUGUACCUCUCUAGUCUGUAUCUCUCUAGUCUGUAUCUCUCUAGUCUGUAUCUCUCUAGUCUGUAUCUCUGUAUAUCUAUCUCUCUAUCUCUCUAGUCUGUAUCUCUCUAUAUCUAUAAUCCUAGUCUCUACAGGUGAAAACUUUAACGUAAGAAUAAUAUAUAACCUCUCGAGUGGUGCAGUGGUCUAAGGCACUGCAUCACAGUGCUAGCUGUGCCACUAGAGAUCCAGGCUCUGUCGUAGCCGGCCGCGACCGGGAGACCCAUGGGGAGGCACACAAUUAAAAAUAUUAAAAAUAUUAAAAAUAUAAAUAAAAUCUUGGGACAGAUAUUGGGACAGAAGUGUAUUCAAUCUGUUUUCCAACUUGUGAUGUUAGACUACUUUUUCACAGUACUGAUGAUGAUGCUACAUUACAGGAUGAAAUGAGACAGACCACAGUACUGAUGGUGAUGCUACAUUACAGUAUGAAAAGGAACAUACCUUGAAAACUAUAGCGAUUAGAAAUGGGAAUUUCGGAAUCAUUUUGAACUCUAGACUUUUGCACAGUGUAAUGAUAUACUGAAUAUAUCCAUUACAGGGAACGUUGCAGACAUUGAAGAGAAUUCUCUCGUUUGGUCACUUAUUCUAUGCUGUCUCUUUGUUCCGUAGCGGAGUGCGGCUCAACCGUUUCCAACAGCGAAGGAGUUCUGUUGUCGCCCAACUACCCACUAAACUAUGACAACAGCCACGAGUGUGUCUACAGCAUUCAGGUAGAGACAGGAAAGGGCAUCAACGUCUCAGCAAGCACCUUCCAACUGGCACAAGGAGACAUUCUCAAGGUAAUACCACCACACAAACCCCCUUUCAUUCUUUUAUUUCAUUCUCAAUUUACAUUUUACAUUUUAGUCAUUUAGCAGACGCUCUUAUCCAGAGCGACUUACAGAAGCAAUUAGGGUUAAGUGCCUUGCUCAAGGGCACAUCGACAGAUUUUUCACCUAGUCGGCUCGGGGAUUAGAACCAGCGACCUUUCGGUUACUGGCACAACGCUCUUACCCACUAAGCUACCUGCCGCCCCAAUCUCUCUCCUUCCUUCUCCUCUUAUAUUCUACCUCUCCCUCUUUCAUUGACAAUGUAUGAUAGUAAGAUUCUGAGUGUGCCUAUACAGUCACAGGAGAUAAAAACAGUCUGAGAUGUUACUGAGAUCAGUUUGGAAUAAGAUACGUGUUGUUUCAAAAUCACAUAAUGACACUUCCAUGCUUCUAUUUCUGUAUGAAUAGAUUACACAAUAUCUACAUGUGCAUACUUCAGCUGCUUUCCUCUCUAGGUAUUUAACCACUCUGUAUGAAUAGAUUACACCAUAUCUACAUGUACAUACUUCAGCUGCUUUCCUCUCUAGGUAUUCAACCACUCUGUAUGAAUAGAUUACACCAUAUCUACGUGUACAUACUUCAGCUCUCUAGGUAUUCAACCACUCUGUAUGAAUAGAUUACACCAUAUCUACAUGUACAUACUUCAGCUGCUUUCCUCUCUAGGUAUUCAACCACUCCAUAAUAAUAGGUUACAGAAUAUUUACGUAGAUGGAUGGAUGGUGGGUGGAUGAAUGGAUGGAUGGAUGAAUGGAUGGAUGGAUGGAUGGAUGGAUGAAUGGAUGGAUGGAUGGAUGGAUGGAUGGAUGGAUGAAUGGAUUCAUGGAUGGAUGGAUUGGUGGAUGGAUGAAUGGAUGGAUGGAUUUGAUGUUAACCCCCUGCUGUCUCCUCUCUGCAGGUCUAUGAUGGAGGGGACAGUGCUGCCCCUGUCCUGGGUACCUACACCGGCUCCACCAUGCUAGGCCUGGUCCUUACCUCCACCUCCAAUCAUCUGUGGCUGGAGUUCUACUCAGACCAGGAGCACACAGCAGGGGGCUUCAGACUCAGCUACUCC